AUGGACGAUGCGGGUGCUCCUGAAGGUCGUAUUGGUCCAACGACACAGAACAGUGACGGCAUCGAAGAUCAUUUUCACUCGUGGAAUUACUAUCGUGUGCGGGGAGCAAACCCGGAUUUGUCUCCAGUGACCAAUCCACCGUGCUCGAAGACCGGCGUGGUGACGCCGCGCGUGCCCGACGUGGCGGUCCGCCGAGAGGGCGAACCGCGCGAGCGCGCGUGCCGCGCGGGCCGGGGCCGGUGCGCUGGCGUGGCGCGCGCGCUGCGCCGCGUGCGCGCGCGCUGCGGCAGCGUGCGCCGCACACGCGCGCCCGCCGCUUUCCCCUACCGCCCGCCGCGCCUGCGCCGCCCGCGCUCCUAUCAACCAGGUUACGCGCGCGCGCGCGCGCCUCUGUCACUUGUUACUAACUACGCCCGCGGCGGCGCCAAGGAGAGCGCGCGGCCCAGCGCGCAGGCGCACGCGCAGACGCCGACGCAGCCGCAGCUGCCGCCCAACACCACCCUCCAGCGGCACGUGCGCGCGCACCGCAACCUUCACAUCCCCAGGUUCUACUUCCCGAAGGGCAAGCCCAGCGCCGACCAGCAGCAAGGCGACCAGCUGCUGCAGCGGGUGGCGGCAGCCUUCCGAGCGCUGCCCAACCAGCAGGCGCCGCGCGACGCCUUCCAUGACGUCGUCAAGGCUUGUGACUGCCCUCUCUACUGGAAAAUUCCACUCUUUAUUGCUGCCGGUGGAGAGAAAUUGGGUUAUGUUGAAGCCAACAGCUUUAUAGAAUUUUGGAAAACGAUGUCCUCAACAUGUCAUGAUGCUGCUGCUCAGUUUUUCUACAUUCUUUCAAAAGGACAGAUGCGUGAUUUGACCACAGAGGAUUUCAUCCCAAUGGUGCAAGAUGUUGUUGAUACUCAUCCAGGUUUAACAUUUCUCAAAGAAGCCACUGAGUUCCAUUCACGCUAUGUGCAUACGGUCAUUACACGUAUUUUCUAUUGUGUGAACCGUUCAUGGAGUGGUAAGAUCUCAUUGCCAGAAUUACGUCGUUCUGAUCUUCUACGUAUCAUUCGGCUUUUAGAGGAAGAAGAAGAUAUUAAUCAAGUGACAGCUUACUUCAGUUAUGAACAUUUUUAUGUCAUAUACUGCAAGUUCUGGGAACUUGAUCGAGAUCAUGAUUUAUACAUUGACAGGCAAGAUUUGGCCAGACACAGUGACCAUGCCCUGUCGACGAGGAUGAUAGACCGCAUAUUCUCUGGAGCUGUUACUCGAGGAGGACGACACCAGGAAGAGAAAAUGAGUUACACUGACUUUGUGUGGUUUCUGCUGUCUGAAGAGGAUAAAAGGCAUCCAACUGCAAUUGAGUACUGGUUUAGAUGUAUGGAUUUGGAUGGUGAUGGUUAUUUGUCCAUGUAUGAAUUAGAGUAUUUUUAUGAAGAGCAGUUGCAACGAAUGGAUGCUAUUGGAAUUGAAACAUUACCUUUUGAAGACUGUUUAUGUCAGCUGUCAGAUUGGGACCGAUAUGCAGCAGAUGAAUAUGAAUUAUUAGUUGCUGAAGAAGGUGGAAAUGAUCAACAGGAUGAUCAGCUGCUGGAUGAUGAGAUGGCAUUCGACAAUAAUGCAGAUGAUGCUCUCUCCCCGAAUCUUGACAUAUUGGUUCGCAAUGGAACUAGUAGUAGUAUGGUAAUGGAAUUGGAUCUGGAAGAAGAUGGAUGUACGGAAGAAUCCCCUUCUUCAUCCACCUGGAGGAAUAAUUUUAACAUUGACACAGAUGAAGUAGAUGAAGACAGUGAUAAUUCUGCUGAUUAUGCAGCUGAUAGUGAUGAAUGUCCUGUGUGACUGUUAAGUGUGUAGCCAUCCCACUUAUCCGUGCCAAACUUCAACCACAGUGUGAAGUUGAUUGGUUAUAUUGUGCUGUGAAAGUUGUCGUGCUGUGAAGGAACAUAUUUGUCUUUGGAUUCCUUUCAAAAGAUUGUAUUAUGUGGAGGUUCCUUAAAUUUCUAUUGACUGUUAAAUUUUGUUGUUGUCUCAUAUAUGAGGUAAGUGCAUUUUUAUAACUUAGGAUGAAAAACAAAAUAGUGAACAAUUGUAGAAAACAUCAGAUUGUUGUGUUUUGUUUGUUUGUUAAUAUUUGUGUAUUUUAAUGAGGAAUGGUGCAAGUGUUCCAUGUGUGCGUAAUGUUUCUUAAAGCAAGCAAAGACUUCUGUGAAAUAAUGAGAAAAAUAUGUCAAUUGUAUUCAGUAAAAGAAUAUAAUGACAAAAUAUUGAAAUGGCCUUUGUAUUAAAAACCAUGUAUAUAAAAUAUCUGAAAUGAAAGAUAUUUAAACAUAUAUGUUCUUUGUGAAAAGCAGUACUAGCAAGAUACAUGAUUUGAAUUGGUAUCAAGAUUUUGAUUUUAUAGAAUGUUUAAUGUGAAAAUUGUUAGAUAAAAUCAUCUAAUAUUAAUGAGAGUUUGUAAAUCACUUUCUUAAACUGUUAUAUUGUUUCUUAGUUUUAGAUUGAGAUUACUAGUCAGUAACUAACCAAAGUCAUAUCAUUAUAAUAAUAAAUUGUCAAUACGUGACAUUUAUAGUAAAUAUACUGAUAACUGAUGCACUUGAAUUAUAGUUUUGACAGUUCUCAGACAUAGAAAAAUUAAAAAUGUAUUUGUAUCUUGUGGAUAAAGACAAUAAGUAUAACAUGGAAUGGGACUUUUUUGAAAAUCAUACAUGUCCACAUAUUUACUUAUGUUUAGAGGUAAUUGUUACAAACUUGUAAAAGGAAUAAAACAUUUGUAUACAUCAAAAAGACUACAAUACAAUGCAUUAAUAAUGCAAAACAAUCAUGUUUUAAAAUUAAUUUUCAGUAAAUAGCUUUCCAUGUUAAAUUAAGAGCAUGCAUUGUACACUCAGAGAUGCACAAAGACUGAAUGAGUGCAUUAUUGUAUCAAUGUAGAAGUGUUAUCUCAUAUCUACCUUUUAAUUAAAAAGCUUCAAUAGUUUGAAUAUAUGCUUGCAAUUUACUUUUAAUUACAAAUUUGUCAAAGGCAAAUCUGUCGUGAUAAAUUGAAAAACAUUUUGUUUCUUAACACAUUUUGGUUCACUUAUUUUGAAUUUAUUUCACAUACGUUGCUUAUUUCUAUAUUCAUAGUAUAUUAUAGAAAACAAUCCUUUUAGCUCUUCAAGUGAAACAGUGCCAGUGAUAAACUAAUUUUUGUAGAAUUAUUCAGAUUUAAUUGAUUUAAUGAUUAAUUAAUUCAAAACUCCUUAGUGUCAUGUUCUGCCAUGUGUAGGAGAAUUUUCUUGUGUGAUACAGCUAGACACAUGAACAAGGUGAGAUCUGUUCUACAAAAAUUAAUGUCAAAAGCAAGGGUUGGCAAUAAAACUCCAGAAUAUUUUUUUUAUCACAAAGUAAAUAGCUGUCUACAUGUUUUUAGACUUGCCACUUAAUCCAUAAAAUGCAUGUGCACCUUAUUCUAAACUCAAAGACCGGAAGAAAAGCUUUGUAAUAUGGUAAUUUUAUAAAAGUAAUAACUUCAUCUUAAUGUAAUCAUAUCUAAACUGUAUGUAAAAUUUAAAGAGUUACACAAAGAAAAGAAAAUGGAAUGUGGAAAGUUAAGAUAACAUCAGUUGAUCAAUCUACUGAUUAAAUAUGCUCCCAUGAAUUCAGAGACAAAAUCAACUUAUUUUCAUGUUUGACCCAAAAACACAUCAAAAUUUUAGAGCUACUUAAUUUCUAUAAUUUUUUCCUCUCCUUUUAGUUUCCUUUAGAAGUAGAAAUAGCAAGGCAUAUCAGUCAAGAAGCAUUCAUAAGUUUUGUAUGUAUUCAGUUCAUUUAUUAUGUCACUAUCUUCACAGUUUCAACUAGUAAAUUUAUAUUCUAUGAGAAACAACUCGGUAAUGCAUGGUCAUUUGCUUCAUAUAAUAAGUAAGAAAACAGAAAUUCCAAGGUUAAGUUUUUUGACCUAUCUCAAUACAUAUGUAAAUGUUAGAAGGGAAAUGAAGUAAUUAAUUAAAUUCAGUAUUAAAUCAGUAUGGUUUUCAGUUACACUUUGUAAUUCAGUUGAUUUAGGACAACUAAAACUCAACUUUUCAAUCUCUUAAUUGUGUGGUGUGGUAAGAAAAUUGUGAAUCUGAAUCCCAAAAUAAUUAUGACAAAUUAAUAAUAGUAUAAUGCAGUGUUGGGAGUAGUAAACAUUGUUACAUGACUUGAGUGUGUUUGUGAUCAAGACAGGCUUGAGCAACUAGAUAUAAAUUGGUAAUGAACAAAAUGAAAGAAUCUCUAUAGCACCAAUUAAAUGGUAUGAACAAGCAUUUAGGUUUGGAAUUGAACAAUGACAAAUCCAAAGUUCAGUUCCUAAACUUCCUUCAUAUUAGAGUUGCAAUUAAUGUUCCUCCAAGUUACCUUUAAUAAAUACUGAAAACAAGAUCACUGACUUAGGGGGAUAUGUUAAAAGUUGUACAUUAAUAAAUUAUUCUUUUUCACUCAAAUUGUUUAUUGUUGUCAUCUUGGGAAUAAGUUCUGAUAUCAGAAACUAUUAUUAGUAUUCCAUGAUAAUAUAAAAUAUUCAUCAUAAAAGAAUGUCUUAAAUUACUUCUAUUUUUCAUGAAAAGUACAAUACCUUACAUGCACAAUAUGAUCAGUUACACUCUCCAGUUAGGUCUUUCUACAGCAGCAAUAUCUUGUCAUAUCCUACUUAAAGAAUAAGAAUAUAAGAGCUAUUGGAGAGAUAUGACUCUUGCCAGCAAAAGUUUCAUAUCGUGUCAUAAUGCUCAAUCAUGCAUUGCUUAUGUGUAGUUUUCUGAAGAAUAUUCCUGCAUGAAAAUACUUUGUAAACCUGCUUCUCAAAAACUCACCAUUAAAUGAAAUGCUGUGUGUUGUAGGACUAUGUACCAGAAAUCUUUGCUAUACUCCAUUUCAUUUCUCCUACAUUCUUAGUAUAUUACCAAAAUACAUUAUAAUAAUUAACUCAGUGUAUACUACUAAAUAAUUAAAUAUUGUAAAGAAUUUUUAAUACUUCAUGUCGUACUUAGUGAGAAACGGGAGAUCAAAAUGCUGGUGCCUGUGGUAUGUGUAACAACAAAUAAGGCAUUGAUAAAUAAAUUACCUUGUUUUGACAUCAGAUUUAUCUAACAUUCAGUAAAUGGAGAUGAGAUUAAAGCAAGAUAUUUGACUAAACAAUCUUCUAAAAGAAGGGUCGUCUUGUAAAAGAAGAAUCACUAUACUUAGGGUACAGUUUUUUAGGGAAAGAUUGUUAGAAAAUUCUUAGUUCUGAUUAGUGUUUUUUUAUUAUUUGGUUAAAUAUUAUCUUAUUUUCACAUUAAUAAAAUGUUAAAACCUAUAAAAUCAUCAUUGCAUUUUGUGAACAAAAAGUGAAAUCACAAUUUCAUUAAGUUUUUAUUAGGAAAUGAUAUUGGAAACAAAAAAAGUUCCAAUAUGAAUUAUCCUGAAGUAACAAAAUAACUUAAUUUGCAUUAAAUGUUUUAUUUAUAUGAGUUUAAAUAUAUAUAGAAUUAAAAUGUAAAUAUUCUUUAAAACUUUCUGAACUUUGCUUAAAAGUGUAAAUUAAUAUCAAGAAAGAUUAAUAUUACACCAAAAACAGGUGGUAAUAUUGGUAUAACUAAUUGUGUUAUUAAAUGAAAAUAAUUGCCUGGUUUUGAUUUUGCCUCAAUAAUCCUAUACACAAUACUAAAGUUAUCUCCAAAUAAAUGUUAUAAAUGCAUUUCAUUCACUCAAGAGUGCUGUGAAUUACAUUCAAAAUGAAGAAUUUAAGAUUUUGUCAAGUUGGACUUCUUCAGUUUUAAAAGGAUCAAAUGAGGGGAGAAUAUGACAGUGGUUCAGUGCUUUAGGAUAAUUCAUUUAGUAUGUAGUUGAAAUUAAAAUAUAAAUGAAUAUUUAUUCAAUUAUUAUUGAGAUUUCUAAUGAUUCUUUUGAAUCUUUUAAGAAAGAAUUCUUAUUUUAUUCAUGUAUAAUAAUAUCAUGAACAGUAGGCUUGUCCUAAGGUGUGUUUUUGAUAUUAAAAUAUAUUUCAAUUUAUUCCUGAGAAAAUCAAUUAACUUUCAGAUGGAGGUUGAAGAAUGUUUUGAGAAUACUUUUUUUCUUUGAGAGGCUGAAAGACACCAUCUCCUGCUCCAAGAUCCUCCCUUUUCCUGAAACAAAUAAAUUGUUACAACAAGUUAAUUCUUGAGCAUCUUUUUUUUUUCUUCCCAUGUUUUUCUUAAAAAAAUUUAAAAUGCAACAGACCCUCUAUUGUGCAAGGCAUUGCAGAGGAUAUUCAUUGGAAAAUUGAAAUAAUAAUUUUUUAUUCAAAUGGUAAACUGGAAAGAAAUCUGAAAAAUAUAAUUCAAAGAAGCUUUUAAUUUUUUUUUUUUUUUUCCAACUGAUCAAACAUAAUAUAACCAUGUUGCAAACAUUUCUUCUACCUACUUUCUUCACAAUCUCUUUAAAAAAAUCAGCAUGACACCUGGGGUGGGUCCUUCCUUUUUGAUAUUUUUGGGAAGUCAAUUAUGGAACAGAAUAAACAAAGGAAUUACAGGUUAAUAUUGAUGUAGAUAUAUGUUUAUGAUGUAUAUAUUAUUUUGUUCUGUAGAAUGUGUGGUUCAACAAGCUUUCAGUUUUUAAUGAA